CCUAGCGACAUAUAUCCGAAAGCACAUCCUGUAGUACCAUUGCCACGUCGCAUCGACCUCUGCAAGACCCCGAGUAAUACGAUUAACACCUUCGACUUUCCCUGUGAUCCAGUUCUCGCCAGCCCAUUUGGACAGCUCCAGCCCCGCUACAACGCAACAGCGUGACCAAAGUACCCCCGGACAAGUCGCCGCCCGUUACCUACCUCUUCCCGACCGAGAUACCCCAGUGACUGCGCUGUCACCGUUUGCCUUGGUGCUGCCGGUCCUCCGCCCGACGGCCUCGUUUUUUUCCUGCUGAGCUUGCAUUCGCCCAAAGUGUUACGGUCUCCGACUUCUUCAUGGAUAAUCUAUGGAGUCGCCGUGCCAACUCGAGCAAGCUCUCCCUCUCAACAGGUUCUGGUCAAGACAGUCCGUCGGGACGCAACUCUUCCUUCAAGCGAUUUGGCGGUGAUAGCUCGUCGCUUGGAAAACACACAUUCGGUUCGGUAACGACACCAGGCGGCAGCUUGGCGUCUCCGAUUGGCGGGGCUUCAAGCGCCUUUGGCCUGGGCUCGGGCGCCUUCGCCUCGUUCGGCUCGGCCAAGACGCCCAAGACGCCCAAGUCGCCGGGGAACCCGUUCGACGCGGCCCUGGGCGCCGCCGCGAAGACCCCGACUGCUGAGAAAUCUGCAAAGGACGGGGCCUCGGGCGGCAAGUCGAUUAGCAAGCCGGCGUUUGCUACUUCCCUGAAGGAGGCGGGAAAGACGGCGACCCCGUCGGCGGGACCGUCUACCCACCAGCUGCGCAACUGCUGGGUGUUUUGGUUCCGUCCGCCCAUCUCCAAGGCGAACGGGUUCAUCGAGUACGAAAAGACGCUACAUCCGAUCGCCGCGGUCGACUGCGUCGAACACUUCUUCAAGAUCUACCAGCACCUGAAGCGGCCAUCGACGCUCCCCUUGGUGUCGGACUAUCAUCUCUUCAAGAAGGGCAUCUGUCCAAUAUGGGAGGAUGAAGAGAACAAGAACGGGGGGAAGUGGGUGGUGCGUCUGAGAAAAGGCGUCGCCGACCGGUACUGGGAGGACCUGUUGCUGGCCGUCAUUGGCGAUCAGUUCGGCGAGGCUAGUGAGGAGGUGUGCGGGGUCGUCCUCAGCGUCCGGAACGGUGAGGACAUCCUGAGCAUCUGGGCCCGCGCGAACGGGCAGCGGGUCCUCAAGAUUCGUGAGACCAUGCGGCGAAUCUUGUCUUUCCCCCCGGAUACCAAGCUCGAGUGGAAGAGCCACGACUCGAGCAUUCAGCAGCGCACGGCCAUCGAGGAGUCGCGGCGAGAAAAGGCGAACCAACACCAUCAUGGCGACAAGCGGUCGUCGAACAAACAGCAUCAACAGCAACAUUCGCAGCAGCAACAGCAGCAGCAGCAGCAGCAGCAGCAGCAGCAGCAGCAGGCGGAUGACCAGAAGAACCCCACCAAUUCUUCAUAACUUCCCAUCAAACAACGAUGCAUGACCACGGCGUGGGAGAGAACGCAGGCACUGUUGCCCUUUUUUGCUUCCACGUAUGUAAAAAGUACCGAAAUAAGCAAGCACUGCCACAUUACAUCUCGGAAAGCGUCCGAACGUUCGGGAAUCGGUUCGGAUUGGAGCACUGGGGCGUGGUGCGUUCCCUAUUUGUUCUCAUUUCUCCUUUGGACAUGGGGCUACGGCACGGCACGGCACGGCACGGCACGGUCUUGAUGAAAAACACCACACGGGGGCGGGGAUGGAGCGCUGACUGGGAAUCUUAUGGUGAUUUGGAUGAUCUUGAAAUGGAACCCACGAGAGGAGUUUGGUCGGGAUAAGGGAGAUGUAGUACUUAGUGUAUCUACCUACGAACUUUGUGUAUCCUGACCACUGCCGCAUUCCCGCCAGGAGUGUGGAAGGUUUGUGUCGUUCAGACAGAAAAUAUCAUCACAUGUCGC